AUGACUUUGGGGAGUGGCACCAGAGCACACAUGUCUUUGGGGAGUGGCACCAGAGCACACAUGACUUUGGGGAGUGGCACCAGAGCACACAUGUCUUUGGGGAGUGGCACCAGAGCACACAUGUCUUUGGGGAGUGGCACCAGAGCACACUUGACUUUGGGGAGUGGCACCAGAGCACAGAUGACUUUGGGGAGUGGCACCAGAGCACACGUGUCUUUGGGGAGUGGCACCAGAGCACACAUGACUUUGGGGAGUGGCACCAGAGCACACAUGACUUUGGGGAGUGGCACCAGAGCACACAUGACUUUGGGGAGUGGCACCAGAGCACACAUGACUUUGGGGAGUGGCACCAGAGCACACAUGACUUUGGGGAGUGGCACCAGAGCACACAUGUCUUUGGGGAGUGGCACAUGA